UGCGUCAGAGCGCAGCGGGAGCAGGGCGCGGAGCACUUUCACUCUUAUUCACAGUAAAAAUCAAUACUAAUAUAACAAUAAUUACAAUUAAAAAAAAUCAAUAAUUAUCAUAGUAAUAACAAUAAUAUCAAACAACAACAGGACAACUGGCAGAACUUUGAAGGAUUAUUGAUAAGAAAACUUUUGGCAUUGAACACAUCACCACGGCUGUCCGGUCGGAGAAACGUGCCCACACACACGUUGCCAGGCCUGGAGUGAGACUCAGUGUGUGAAUGCAUUGUGUGUCGAGUGAGCGAGUGCAAGGCUGAUGCGAGGAUGAGGGUUGUUGCUCUGCUCUGUUUCCUGAUGGUUGUGGAGGUUGGAGCCUCCAGGUUCGCCCGCGACUCCCAGGCCGCGUCUGAAGCUUCAGAACCAACCAAGAGCAACUAUUCCAUUCCACUGCCCCCACAGUCAGGCCGACCGCAGGGCAUCACCCCUCCAUUGUGCAUAAAGCCCACAGAGAUCAAGCAAGCCUUCAAGUAUGUGAACACCAUGGUGUCCUGCCUGAUUUUUGUGGUGGGGAUCAUCGGCAACACUACACUGCUCAGAAUCAUUUACAAGAACAAGUGUAUGAGGAAUGGACCAAACGUCCUGAUCGGCAGCCUGGCACUGGGAGACCUGCUUUACAUCAUCAUCGCUAUCCCCAUCAAUGUAUUUAAGCUAAUAGCCGAGGACUGGCCAUUUGGUGUAUAUGUGUGUAAGUUGGUGCCGUUCAUUCAGAAAGCCUCUGUGGGAAUCACCGUCCUCAGUCUGUGUGCCCUCAGUAUUGACCGUUACCAUGCAGUGAUGUCAUGGAGCCGGGUGAAAGGGAUGGGGAUCCCACUGUGGAAAGCUGCGGAGGUGACUCUGAUCUGGCUGGUGGCAGUGGUGCUGGCCGUCCCUGAGGUGCUGGCCUUUGACAUAUUGGAGAUGCCAUACAGAGGCAACAAGCUGCGUGUCUGCCUGUUGCACCCGGACCAGAGCAACAGCUUUAUGAAGUGCUACCAGAAUGUGAAAGACUGGUGGCUGUUUGGCUUCUACUUCUGCCUCCCACUGGCCUGCACAGGAAUCUUCUACACACUCAUGUCCUGCGAGAUGCUCAGUCGCAAAAAAGGCAUGCGCAUUGCACUCAAUGACCACAUGAAACAGCGGAGGGAAGUGGCGAAGACUGUUUUCUGCCUUGUGUUGAUUUUUGUGCUCUGCUGGCUGCCUCUUCAUCUCAGCCGUAUUUUGAAGAAAACAAUCUAUGACCAACAUGACCCGAACCGCUGUGAACUGCUCAGCUUCCUGCUAGUGAUGGAUUACAUUGGGAUCAACAUGGCCUCCCUAAACUCCUGCAUUAACCCAAUUGCUCUGUAUUUUGUGAGCCAGAAGUUUAAAAACUGCUUCCAGUCCUGCCUGUGCUGCUGGUGCUACAGAAUGUCUCCUCUGGACGAACGAGGUUCAGGAGAUCGCUGGAAGGGCUCCUGCCACGGGGAUGGACUCGACCGCUCAAGCUCCCGCUCCAGUCAGAAAUACACAAGCUCCUCAUAAGUGCACAUAAACACGCACAGAAACACACACACACACACACACACACACUUACACAUACGCAAACACACACAUGCCUCCUCUGCCAAACCCGUGAAACUGCAUCGUCCCCACCAACAGACUGGCUAUCAGACUUGAGUGAGGAGGGAAAGGUGAUGUGAGGACAAAACACAUAAACAGGACUGUACCUGUUCAGGCUCUAAUACUAAGUACAGAAACCAUGAUGAACCCAAGACAAUUGACGCCACAUGUCAAAUGUAUGUAUGUAUAUGUCAUGUUCAUUUUCCUGCAGAUUGUAGACAUUUAAGUAUAUCUAGCCUGAGUGCUGCAUGUAUGAAUUAUAGCACCGAUGAGUACUAACUGUUCAAGCUUUAUUACCUCACGGGGAAAAAUAGAGGGAAAGUGUGACCCCAGGAUCAGCGGCCAAUUAUUAAUAUCUGCAAGUCAAGUGUAUGCUGUCACUGCUCCAUGCCCAUGUGACCUGGUGAUGUCAGGCCUGAUGUCAGUGUCCAAUUCACAGUAACCUGGAGGGUUAAACUUCAGAGAUGUUUCAUCUGGAAAUGAUUGCAGUUCUAAAUCAUGUGGAGGACAGCUGUUGUUCCUGAACACUGACAAACACCAGAUGAUUCCUGUCGUGUGACACUGAAGAUAUUAGCAGUAUUAUUGUCACAGUAACCAUGCUGUUGUAAGUGAUUUCUACUGUGUAUAAAGUCUUAGCUUCUUACACUUAGAACAUGUAGCUUCUAUUUUUUUUAAGAAAAUACCACAGAAACUCUGAAGCUGGUUUCACCUUCCAACAUGAGGUGUUCAUUUAGUUUUUGGCGUUUUUUCAAAUAUUUUAUCUACCAUCAGGGAGGGGUCAGUUUGCAUGGAUGUUUGUGUGGUUUAAUCUGAAAACCUUUUUUAUUAUGUACACAUUCAAGAGCUUUAGGAAGGAAACAAAUGUAUUGGAUGUCAAGUGUUUCAGCAGGGAUUGCAUACUGAUCCUAGAAAAUAUUUUAGAAAUAUUACUUCUUUCCAUUCAUUAAAGUGACUAAAUAAAUCCAGGUAAAUUCAUAAACUCCAUUGCUUGAAGAGCUGAAGCAUGUGAUGUGCCUUAUUUUUUUUUAAAGAAUUUUAGAGGUUGGACAUCUGUAACACCCAGUAGUCACAAAUUGAGUGAUGGCAGCACAUCAAGAAAACACUUUUUAUACAACUUAAGGGUCUUUAAAGGGUAAAGAGAGGAGGAGAAACUGCAGUUUGUGACUUUCUAUUUCCAGUCAUUCAACAGAAAACGCACAUCGCUUGUGUAUUCACUGUAUUAAGACCUACAUGUUUCAUUUUUAAACCUUAAACCUAAACAAAUUAAAGUGUUAAACAUUGGCAAGACUACUGAUAAUACAUACACAGGAGAAAGUGUUUUUUCUCUAGACUUAGAUUAAAAAUCUCACCUUCUCCGUUCAUUUCAUCAUUCAAACAGUCACUGAAUGUAAUUUACAACAAAUAUUUUGCCAAACAACCAGAUACCGUGUUAAAUGACACCGAAGCUUUUUUUUAUACAUACAGUAUAUAUGUAGACAUGAUUAAUGUGUAAUAUAUUUAUAUUAAAAAUCAAAUAUUAUAUUUCUUUGCCACUGUAUUAGGUUUGCAGCCGUGCUCAGAUCAGCUGAUCCUGCAGUGCAUGACUCAUUAACUCAUCAUAUCUAAUUGUGUUUAUCUACAAUAACAACUGUGUGCCGGAAGGUCGAAGUUGAUUUGUGAGGAUCUCUUAUAGAGGGACCACCAAGCUAAGUCAUUAAAAUGUCAUUUUAGGUUGACAAUUAAAUGUGAAUGUUGAGCCUGGUGGUUUGGAUUACAUUUAUACUUCAGCCUUCUUACUGGUUGAGAGAAUGCUGUAAUAAAUAUUAUUUUAUAGCA